AUGGCCGGGCCGAAUCCAUUUGCCAAGUUCCAGAAGUCUUUCAAUCAGGCUGGCACCUUAUACAAGUACUACGAUUUGGCCGCUAUUGAUAGCAAAUACAAUCUGCUGCCCUACUCUAUACGAGUGCUCUUGGAGUCGGCGGUGCGCAACUGUGAUAACUUCCAUGUUUUGGAGAAGGAUGUGGAGAGUAUCCUGAACUGGUCGCCGGCCAUCAAGCAAGGAUCCAAUGAUGUGGAGGUGUCCUUCAAGCCAGCCCGUGUGGUUUUGCAUGACUACACCGGUGUCCCAGCCAUGGUGGACAUUGCUGCCAUGCGCGAUGCUGUCCUGAAACUGGGAGGUAAUCCUGAGAAAGUAAAUCCCGUCUGCCCCUCUGUUAUGGUCAUCGAUCACUCGUUGCCGGUGGAAUUCCAUCGUUCUGCAGAUGCCAUGGCCAAGAACUUGGCGGUGGAGUUUCAGAGGAACAAGGAGCGUUUUACCUUCCUGAAGUGGGCUGCCAAAGCCUUCGAUAACAUGCUGUGUGUUCCACCUGGCUCUGGCAUCAUCCAUCAAAUUAACUUGGAGUACCUGGCCCAUGUGGUCGUCGAGGAGGAUAGCCAGGAUGGAUCCAAGAUCCUGUUUCCCGACAGCGUUGUGGGCACCGAUUCGCACACCACGAUGAUCAAUGGUCUGGGAGUUUUGGGUUGGGGCGUUGGUGGCAUCGAGGCGGAGGCCACGAUGCUGGGACAAUCCAUUUCCAUGGUGUUGCCCGAGGUAAUUGGCUACAAAUUGGAGGGGAAGCUCAAUCCCCUAGUCACUUCCACCGAUUUGGUCCUGACCAUCACCAAGCACCUGCGUCAGCUGGGAGUGGUGGGCAAGUUCGUGGAGUUCUACGGUCCCGGAGUGGCGGAACUUAGCAUUGCAGAUAGGGCCACCAUCAGUAAUAUGUGUCCCGAAUACGGAGCCACUAUUGGCUACUUCCCCAUCGACGAAAACACCCUCAGCUACCUAAAGCUAUCAAAUCGCUCGGAGAAGAAGAUUUCCAUCAUUCGGGAGUAUUUGAAGGCCACAGGGCAGUUCCGCAAUUUCGAUAACCAGGCUGAAGAUCCCAAGUUCACACAGAUUGCCUCACUAGACCUGGCCACUGUGGUUUCCUCAGUUUCUGGACCCAAGAGACCCCACGAUCGCGUUUCCGUCUCAGAAAUGGCAAAGGACUUUAAGUCUUGCCUGUCGAGUCCAGUUGGCUUCAAGGGCUUUGCAAUUACCCCCGAAGCACUAACAGAUGUCGGGGAAUUGCAUUGGGAAGAUGGCAAGACCUACAAUCUGCACCAUGGAUCCGUAGUCCUGGCGGCCAUUACAUCCUGCACAAAUACCUCCAAUCCCUCGGUGAUGUUGGGUGCGGGUCUCUUGGCCAAGAAGGCUGUGGAAAAGGGUCUCGACGUAUUGCCCUACAUCAAGACAUCCCUAUCGCCCGGUUCUGGAGUGGUAACCUAUUACCUGGAAGAAUCUGGAGUCAUUCCGUACCUAGAGAAACUGGGAUUCAAUAUCGUGGGCUAUGGCUGCAUGACGUGCAUCGGCAACUCAGGACCUCUCCACGAAAAAGUGGUAAAUGCCAUAGAGGACAAUAAUCUGGUCUGUGCAGGAGUUCUUUCCGGAAACCGAAACUUCGAGGGUCGCAUCCAUCCGAACACCCGUGCCAAUUACCUGGCCAGUCCCCUGUUGGUCAUCGCAUACGCCAUCGCGGGUCGUGUCGACAUUGACUUCGAGAGGGAACCGCUGGGCCUGGAUGCCAAUGGUGAGAAGGUUUUCCUGCGCGACAUCUGGCCAACACGAUCGGAGAUCCAGGAGGUUGAGGACAAGUACAUCAUUCCUGCCAUCUAUCAGGAUACCUACAGCAAGAUUGAGCUGGGCACUCCGGAAUGGCAGUCGCUGCAGAUACCGGAGGGAAAGCUAUUUUCCUGGGACCCCGAGUCCACCUACAUCAAGCAGGUUCCCUUUUUCGAUGGCAUGACCCGCGAGGUUCCCAAACUGAAGGGCAUCGAGAAGGCUCGUUGCCUACUGUUGCUGGGCGACUUCACCACCACGGAUCACAUGCCUCCGGCUGGAGCGAUAGCCAGAAACUCGCCAGCAGCCCGCUACCUCGCCGAUCAUAAUGUUACGCCCCGGGAUUUCAAUACUUACGGAACGCGUCGUGGUCACGAUGGCGUCAUGUCCCGCGGGGCCUUUGGAAACAUUCGGCUGGUGAACAAGCUCAUCUCGAAGACGGGACCGCGAACCCUGCACAUUCCCAGCCAGGAGGAGCAGGACAUCUUCGAUGCUGCCCAGCGGUAUCGCGAGGAGGGAACUCCGCUGGUUCUGGUGGCUGGCAAGGAUUACGGCAGCGGCAGUUCCCGCGAUUGGGCCGCCAAGGGUCCAUAUAUGCUGGGGAUUAAGGCCAUCAUUGCCGAGUCCUACGAGCGCAUCCAUCGGUCCAAUCUGGUGGGCAUGGGUAUUAUUCCCCUGCAGUUCCUGCCCGGCCAAAAUGCUGAGACUUUGAAACUAACUGGCCGUGAGGCUUACAACAUUACUCUGCCGGAAAGCGACUUGAAACCGGGCCAGAAAAUACAGGUUAAGGUAAGUUAUCUGAAGGUCUUUGAAGCUAUUCUGCGUUUCGAUACCGAUGUUGAUAUUGCCUACUACAGGAAUGGAGGUAUUCUUAACUACAUGGUUCGAAAGAUGUUGGGUUAAAUAUGCUUCAAUAUUUAUCUGCAUUUAUG